CCCGGCGGGUGGAAGCCUCGUUGUUCCGGAAGCCGGUCGGUACCGGGGUCCGGGUGUUGGGAAAUGGCGGCCGGAGACUGCGAUGUGACGAUGGCCCCGGAGCCGAACGGAGCGGGAGAGGCCGAUCUGGAGAGAGAGGCUGAAUUAUUUAAAGAACAAGGCAAUGCAUUUUACGCAAAGAAGGACUACAACGAAGCAUUUAAUUACUACACAAAAGCAAUAGAUAUCUGUCCUAAAAAUGCCAGUUACUAUGGCAACCGAGCAGCAACUCUUAUGAUGAUUGGUAAGUUCCAGGAGGCUCUUGAAGAUGCACAGCAGGCUGUGAGGCUGGAUGACACUUUUGUGAGGGGUCACCUGCGAGAGGGAAAAUGCCAUCUAUCUUUAGGGAAUGCUAUGGCAGCUGGCCGAUGUUUCCAAAAAGUCCUGGAACUGGAACCCCAUAGCUCCCAGGCACUUAGCGAGCUGAAGAAUGCAGAAGCAGUGUUGGAGUACGAAAGAAUAGCUGAACUUGGCUAUGUCAAAAGAGAUUUCAGAAAGGUUGUAUACUAUAUGGAUCGUGCCCUCGAAUUUGCUCCUGCCUGUCACCGCUUCAAAAUCCUUAAAGCCGAAUGCUUAGCCCUUCUUGGCCGUUACCCUGAUGCACAAUCAGUAGCAAGUGACAUUCUGCGUAUGGAUUCAACUAAUGCUGAUGCCUUAUAUGUGAGGGGGCUUUGCCUUUACUAUGAGGACUGCAUUGAAAAGGCUGUCCAGUUCUUUGUCCAGGCUUUAAGAAUGGCACCUGAUCACGAAAAGGCACGACUUGCUUGUAGGAAUGCUAAAGCUUUACGAGCAAAGAAGGAAGAGGGGAACAGAGCUUUCAAAGAAGGGUCCUUUGACGAGGCAUUUGAACUUUAUUCAGAAGCUCUGAAAAUAGAUCCAAAUAACAUCAAAACUAAUGCUAAAUUGUACUGUAAUCGAGGGACAGUGGGCUCAAAGCUCAACAAGAUGCAACAAGCAAUAGAAGACUGCACGAAUGCAGUAAAACUUGAUGAUACAUAUAUCAAGGCUUACAUGAGGCGGGCACAGUGUUAUAUGGACACAGAACAAUAUGAGGACGCUGUAAGAGAUUAUGAGAAGAUUUACCAGACAGAAAAAACAAAAGAGCACAAACAGCUUCUUAAGAAUGCACAACUGGAAUUGAAGAAAAGCAAACGAAAAGAUUACUACAAAAUACUUGGCGUUGAUAAAAGUGCUUCAGAAGAUGAAAUUAAGAAAGCUUAUAGGAAGCGAGCACUGAUGCAUCAUCCAGAUCGACAUAGUAGUGCCAGUCCAGAGGUACAGAAAGAAGAAGAAAAGAAAUUUAAGGAAGUAGGAGAAGCGUUUAGUAUCCUGUCAGAUCCAAAAAAGAAAGCACGUUAUGAUAGUGGUCAAGAUUUGGAUGAUGAUGGCAUGAACUCUGGUGAUUUCGAUGCUAAUAAUAUUUUCAAGGCAUUUUUCGGUAGCCCUGGUGGCUUCAGUUUUGAAGCUUCUGGUCCUGGGAAUUUUUUCUUCCAAUUUGGCUAAUGCACAACCUUCUGUUCAAUGUCACUGGGUGUAACUCGAGCAAAAAUAAAAUAAAUACCCCUGUUUCCCUGUGUUUAAUCUAUUUAGAGGAAAAACUUUCAUGUUUCAGUUGAAUACUUCUUGUAUUCAUGUAAUUCUGUUUUUGUUGAAAAAGAAGCUGUCAUCACAUAAUGUGAAGCUGACCUUAAUGCUUUGUUUUUAUAAUCAUAUUAAUUAAAAAUAAAAAGGAUUACCUCAUUUUGAAGUAUGCAGUCCCUCACGCUAAUGAUCUUCAGUUGUGUAAAUAAAGGCAUUUGAGCUUUUAUGUAGAUGAGAGUAUUUCCUCGCAAUGCAGGAAAAUCCACAUUUUAUUCAAACAAAAACGGACCUUGCAUCUGAAGCUGUGGAUUUUUCUGUGCUACUGUUCAGCAGAAUUACCAGUUUUUAAAUGACUGGUGGAGUGGCUGUCUGCAUCAGCCUCUCUGCAUAGUCCAAUUUUCAUGUCCUUUCUAGUUAUCAACCUUGUUGGAGAAAGGAACAUUUGCUACUGACAGUUACAGGUGCUAGCAUAAACUCGCUGCUGAUAAGGACAGGGAAAAGAGAGACAAAAGCGAUGUGGUUAAAGGCAAGUUCUGUUGCAGCUCAGCUUUGGACUUGCAAAAACCUUGCCACUGAUUUAAACUCAGCAGUUUAGGAAUUCUCUGAACUAAUAUAAUUACAUUUCAUAAAGGUCUUCUGAAUAAAAUAUCUUCAGUUCUGAAAGCCUUGCAGUGCUCAGUUUCCACUUUGAGGAAGUAAUUUGUAUUUAUGAUGUAACUAUUCUACCUGCAUGUGCUUAGUGGAUGUCUUCACAUAGUGAGCUACAAGUGCAGAAGUAAAACUACCAUGAAAGGAAACAUGAAAUCCCUUAGUGUAGCUGAAUGUUAGGUAUCGCACCCCACAAACAUCAUGUUAAUUUGCCCAAAAUAAAUCACAUUGAUGUGAUUCAUCGCCAAGAUCUUCCAUGUGUUCCCAUCAGGCGUGCUUGGGAAUUUCCCAUCAUGCUCAUACCAUUGCCAGUUUGGGUGACUUGUACCUGAUGCUAAUCCGUUUCCAUUGUGGAAUUUGCAGUUUGAUAAUGUCCACAAACCUUUUGAGCCAAAGACACCAUUUCGUAAACAAUUAAGGAAAAGUCGUCGUAGUCUCGGCAAACCAGAGAGCUAUGCUCUCAUUAGAGAAAGAUGAACAACACUCCCCUCAAACGAGGGGAGUGGUCAAAUGAGAGUUCUUUGUGACAACCUCAAGCCAGUGCUGUUGGUGUCACUCUGCAUUGCAAACCAGUAUCCAGCUAGCUGAGCACUUCAUCUAGUAAACAGUUCCCAGUACCAGAGGAAUCUUAACUGGUUGUCAACAGACUGCAAUACAGGAGGCAGGUGGACUUUGAGGGGAGAGGCAAGUUGCCACAAGCUCUGCAGUUUCUAAUUGUUGCUUACAAAUUGGCCAAAGCUUUAGUCAUGUAUCUGAGGUAAAGAGAUUUAAUGAGAUGGGAUUAAAAGAGGACAUUACAUUUAAAAUUGUACAAUUCUAGUUAGAGCCCCAUUGUAUCUUUUCUGUUUUUAUGCCGUUCAUUGAGGCAUCUUCUGGUCUGUACUUGUAAUUUGGUGAUGUGGGAAUAGGAAGGAGGGAAAACUACUUCAGAGUAAAAUAUUUACCUCCACAUGUAUUGCACAGUCGACAGUUUUUAACAAUUAAACUAAUGUCCACAGGGAAAGUGGAGUUUACCUGUCUGGGAGUCAUAUUUAAUUCAGCCUUUUUUCGUUUAAAAUAAACACCAAAAAUAUUCACCAUUAUAGAAUAAGACACAAAAACGUGACCUCCUUGUGUUAAAAUCCUGAUCAUUGGGACUACAGAGUGGAGAAAUGGAAGGGAUGGCUGUACAUCGAAUCUCCCCACCAUCCAGUAACUCGUGUUCAGGAAGCAUCAAGUUCACAAACCUCACAUUUCUUUAGUGCUGUGCACGGGACUCGCUUCACCAGAUUUGGCUCUAUCACUUUUAUUCGGAAAGAAAUUAAACUUGUUGACUUUUAUUUUAGCAAAGUUUAGUGGCAUUCCAUUGCAAUUCACUCUUGUGGUUUGACUCCAUAAAAUGCAGGCAUUUCUGGAGAUGUGCCUUUUGUAAAAUUCAUAAAUUUAGACAUGGUGCAUCAAUAAAUUGCAUGUCCAUCCCACUUCAAAAUUCCUUUUACAUAAAAAUGAUGCCCUUCUCAUAAGUAUCAAAUGGUUUGAUUUGUUUCAGGCAUUAGGCUGGUUACUUUAAUUUGGUUAAAUUUGCGAGUGGAUAUGUGCCAUUUGGAUUUUCUGUAUUCACUAAAAAUGCUCUUAAAGCUGAUGAUGUUCUCUGCAGAACUGUGAUUUUCUUGCAGCAUUCUGUCAAAUGAAUGCCAGGCAUGACCGCGCAACCGAUCUUUUAUGAUUGGCCAGCAUAUUUGUGCAAAAUGUUAGUAGCUUUUGAUUUGGCUUUCGGGGGGAAAAACAGACUAGUAAGUCAUCUGUUCCACUUUUAAAUUUAGGGUGCUACUCACAUUUAUGUUUUCAAAAAAAAAGGUUAGGUCUGAAUAUUCAGAGAUGGAUUUUAAAAUGUUCUCAAUGGCAUUGAAGCAAAUAUUGAAUAUGUGCAUUUAAGACAUUGAAAAUAUUCUUGCCAGCUCCAGAAAGUAGGUCAGUUUAGCCUGUCAUUGCACUUUUAUGUUUAUUUUGGGUGUAAAUCUAGCUUUUUACAGAGGUUUCCUGCACUGCUUGUUUUGGGAAGAGAGGCAAUACCAUUUAAAAUAUAUAUUUUUUAACUUAACAAACCACAUCAUUGCAACUUGGUUAAAGCAACAUUGGGAGAGGAGAGGUGAAGAGGAAAGGGCAGAAAAGAUUCCUGGACAGCAUUAGCUCCUGUUGUGGUACUAAUGAAUAACUUAAUAAAAGAAAAUACAUGAGUAAACGAUGUUUCUUAAUUGACAUUUGUAGCAUUUUUUUUAGUUAAAGAUACGGAUUGCUUUUGAAUAUUCUUAAAGAUGUACUCAUUUUCUUCCUCGAGAGGCACUAAAAGGUGUUUCAAGCCCCACCUGGAAACCAAAGAAUUUUUCUUCACAGAAUGUUUGUGGAAACAGUUCAGUAGAAAAUGCUUCAGAGAUAACGUAAUUUUUCUUUACAUGUUUAAGAAUCCCUGAGUUGGCAGGGUUUCAAGUCUAAGAAAUAGACAAGGGCAAAGUGGAAUUCAUAAGCCCCUUGAUCCGAUGUUUUGAAGCUUUAUUUGUUGACCUGUCCAAUAAACAAAGUACAUUUUAAUGUAAGGUUAAAACAUGAAGAAUUCUGCCCCACUCCCCUCAGUUUUUGUUAGCCAUCCCUCCCCAUCCUAAACAAGUCAGGCCACAAUGAGUGAUUCAUCUAAGGAUACAGCUCCACAGAUGUUAGUGCCAUUUUAAUACUUCAUCCAACUGACUGUUAAUGCCAUGUUCCAUCCUAAUCUUCUACCCAAUGUUCACCUAUGUGCAUUCCCAAUAGGGACCGUUGGAAUGAUGAGUGUCAUUCCGGGCCUUUUUUUUGCCAUCUUCCAUUUUUCUGGGAUGCUGAAGGCAGUGUUAGUUUGUAAGCAGCGAAUUCAGUAAAGACUGCAUGUAGGGACCUCUGGUCUGUUUAGUUCCUUGCAACACUGUAAAAGAUUUUUAAAAAUUAAAGGAUAUAACUUGAGAUUCUACCGAGGAGUCUACAAAUAAAUAUAAAGCAAUGUCUAGAGGUUUGAUCUGUUUUCCUACAUUCCUUCAGGGAAUUGGGGGGGUACUUUUAAUUAAUACUCCAAAUAACAGAAGGACGUGUGUACGGGAAACUGAGUUGAAACGAAGUGCCGAAAUUCUCAAAGGAAAAACGUGAGAUUGGCAUAUGUCAGGUGGAGGUGCCUCAGAAUUGUUAAAAUAAUCUAACACCCAAAAUAUUAGCCAGGUUUGUCAGAUGUGUAUUUGCAAACCAGUUGCAUUGCCUGAUUGAAAAUCAUUUGCAGCUUUGUUUUACUGAAAGGCCAAUUGUUAUUGUGGGUGGGUGGGUGGGGGGAAUGUAAUGGAGACAUUUAUACUGCGCAUUAUGCUCAAUUUACAAACUGCAGUCUAAUUGCUGUUUGCCACUGACUAUUUUUAGUUUUGUGCCUGCUUUCACACUGAAAAUUGCCAAAUACAGAUUGUCAGAUUGCUGUUUGUUUAACAGAAGGGAAAUUGCUCCCUUCUUCUUUUUCCCCAAAAAAAAGCAAAGAAAAAAAAUCAGGUUGUUGUCAUGAAUGCAUUAUUCUGUAGAUUUUUUUUCCACACGUUUGUAUGAAAUCUUUGGGGAACCGGCCUAGAGAUGUUGCUGAGAGUGUUAAACCAGAUAUAACAUUAAGUGUUAAGGACCAGAAUAGUGACACCUACAUAGUCCUGGGAAUUUUGGCUUCCAGUACUGUGGUUCCACAACUCCUCCCACUGAUGUUUUUGCACAAUAUUAUCACUCCUGGAUAUCCAAGAAUUUUCCGAAUUUAAUUCUAAGUAGCUAUUUUGUGCUUCUGGUAUUUGGGUAGUAGACUCAUGAAGGGUUUUAAAUAUGUUUCCUAUUUUGUGUAAUGUAGUUCUCUCGUAAACCUUGUGAUGUACAUUAAGCUGCACAUACUUUGUUCUGUUUGUAUGAUUUUUCAAUGUUUUACUGCUGUACAAAAUGUACACUCUGUACAGUAUUCAUGUACAAAGUGAAUGUUAAAUAAAGAUAAAGAAAUGGCA